AUGUUGUGGUCUCGAAGUUUUGACCCCUCAAAGGACCUGCUCGACCUCACAGGUAAAGUUAUCCUUGUCACCGGUGGAAACCAUGGGAUUGGAUACUCGACCGUAAAACACCUCGCCAGGAAGGGUGCGAAGGUUUACCUUGGAGCCAGGAACGAGGAGAAAGGCAAAGCAGCUAUUGCACACUUGGAUGAAGAGGGCAUCGGUCCUGGGAACGCUAUCUACUUUCCCUGCGAUAUCAGCACCCCUCUACAAGCGAAACAAGCUGCUGAAGAUUUCAUGAGUCGAGAGGACCGUCUUGACGUUCUUGGUGCACCUAUCGAUCAGAUGAUGAUGGUCAACCAUUUCAGCACGCUCCAGCUAACUCUGUCUCUUCUUCCAUUGUUGAAGAAGACUUCUGAAGAGCUAGAUCCCGAUGUUCGCAUCGUCACUGUUAAUUCGACAGGACAUAGACUCUCUCGCGGCGCUGAUCCGAAUAUCCAGUUUAAGACAUUUGAGGAUUUCAACAAAGAUUUCAGUAAAGACAACUUUCCUUCUUUUUCCCAAUAUUGCUUCUCCAAACUUGCGAUCCUGUUGGCAAUGACUGUUCUUCAGAAGAAACUUGCCACCACAUCCAUUACUGUCAUCUCCGUUCAUCCAGGCACCGUCGAUACCAUGUCAGAUCGGCUUUCCUUUUCCCGAAUCGCCAGGUUCUUAGUUGGCUUUUUCCUAGUAAGUCCCGAUGUCGGAGCGUACAACUCCGCCUUUGCUGCUGCGUCUCCCCUCAUCAAAGCCGAUCCGAAGAAGUAUAAGGGCGCGUAUUUGAACCCUGUGGGCGUUCUCAAAGAGCCUGGCGCCAAUGCCCGACGGGAGGAUCUUCAGGAGGAGUGUUAUGAAACGACAGAAAAAUAUUUAGCAUCACUUGGCCUGUGA